AUGGAGAUGAAGCUGAGCAAUCUGCCCUCCUCAGCUACGUACAGCCCGUCGCCGUGGAACAGCCUGUUAUGGCACACAUACAAUGAUAGUAUUAACUAUCAGUGGAACGAGGGCCAGCCGAGUGCAACCGAGAAGUACGCGACGGCUUUCGGUCUCGAUGUGAAGACUCUAAUGGACAGCCAUUGCGGUAUUCGUGCGGAGGCGAGUUCAGGCUACUGCAUCGACGCAGCGUACGGCUUGAGCCACGCGUGGGCGCCAGCUUCAGUUCUGGAGAAGGAGCCCAAAUGUCCCGUGACAUUCAGUGGCGUGACGUUCGAGCCCUUGGACAUUAAAGCGCUGCUGAUGGGAAUUUACGACACCGCAAGCAUUCCCACCGUAUUUACAGGUGUCCGUUACAGUGGCGGGAACUUCUCGGUCGACAACCAUGGUAGGAAUGAGGAUCCUGCGUACCGUGACCUGAACCCCGGAUUUUUCCACAUCGCUGCUACCAACAUUCUUGGCAAGCAUAAAGCCACCUUCAUCGUCGACCGAUACGCUAGCUACGAGGUGUGGAGCCAGCCCGUCGAUGGCUUCACAGUGCAUGAACAGAAGGUUAUGACUCCGGAAGAAGCCGCUCAGACUUUCUAUCGUCUCCAGACUUAUCCGUGGAACGAGGCCGCCAAGAGUAUUGUGCAUACCGGCACCGGAGCGGAUUACGAGUAUCUUUUGGAAAUGGACGACGUCGAUCAGAUCAUAGGCGGUGACCAGCUCUGGACACCGUGA